CAUGCCGAGCCGACAGAAGCAGCUCCUCUUCUCGGUCUCCGGACUCUUCGGCUUCUCCUGCGCCCUCACGGCCGCCGUCGCCACCGGGCUCCCGUUCUGGCUCAACGGGACCGUGCUGUGCCGGACCGGGGCCGAGCUGGUGAACGCCACCGGACCUGAACUGGACAAGUUCCUGGGAGACCUGAGCUACGGGCUGUUCCACGGUCAGAGGGUGAAGCAGUGCGGACUGGGAGGAAGGCCGUCCAGGUUCUCAUUCUUCCCAGACCUCCUGACCACCAUCCCAGCCGGCCUCCACGUCACCAUCAUCUUCUUCUGUGGUGUCGUCAUCCUCUUCUCCUCUGUUGCCUCCGGAUUCUUCUUCUUCAACGCCUUCGGACGACCCUACGAGACGCUGCAAGGCCCCAUGGGACUUUACCUGUGGACCUUUAUUUGCUGUCUGAGCAGCUGUCUGGUGAUGAUCCUGUUUGCGUCGGAGGUGAAGCUCCGUCACCUCUCCGACCAAAUCGCCAACUUCAACGAGAUCAACUUCGUCUUCCAGACGUACAGCGAGCGCUACGAUCGCUGCUUCUGGCUCUUCUUCCUCAUCUUCCUCCUCCAUGCACUGAACAUCCUCCUGAUCCGGCUGACAGGAAUCCAGUUCCCCUUCCAGGAAACCAAGGAGUCGGACCUGAGCGGGGGCGCAGCCGACCUGAUGUACUGAGGAGACCCGACCCGAGACCAGAACGAGACUAAAGCCUGAGAGAAGACCACGAAUCAACAGCUGCAUCAGAAAAGUUUUCUUUCCUGUCUGAGAGACAGGAACCAGAUCUGAACCAGGAUCCAGGAUCAGUCCACAACACCAGUCUUCAUUCAUCAUCAGUUAAACCUUCACACAGAAAACGUCCUUUACAAGUUUCUUAGAGUCCAAAGUGACGUUGGGUCUGACCAACAACCAGACCUCAAGGUUUAUUCCACAUCAGUGGGGUCGAUAUGAUUUGAUUGAUCACUGAUGGGUUGUGUAUGUGGACUUCCUCCAUGUUCUGGUCCUGGUCUUACAAACAGACUGAACUGGUUCAGGUUUUUUGUUGUAAAGUUGUGUUUUAUUUUUUAUCAGGUCCUGAACAAACAAACUGUCAGGCUGCAUUAUUAUCAAUACAUCUGAUAGGUAUUUAAUCUAAUAAUCAAUUUAUUGAUCAGUGAAAAUGCCACGAACAUGUUGUCUUCACAAAAACAAAUGUUGAGUUCACUGUCACAGAGAAAAGUGGGAAAUUUUCAUGUGAGAAACUGGAAUCAGAGAAAUUAAUGAAACGAUUGAUUGAUUAUCAAAAUUGUUGCCAAUUAAGUUUCUGUACAUUGACAAACUUUAUUUAUCCCGAGGGAAAUUUCUAUCAAUGAAUCAGUUGAUCAGUUCAGCUAUAGAGGACUGGAUGUUUUUUGUUUGUCUGAGGAAAUAACACUGAGUGAGGGUCAACAACAGCUCAUUAAUCAGAUAAUCACUGCAUCACUGAGCUGAUCAAUAUUUAUUAUUAACUCUUAAUAAACUUAAUGAACUAAUCAAAGGUUUUAGAAACAUGACGUCUGAGUUUGUUGUUGUAGAUGAUGAAGUCACUUUAAUACAGAUUUUACUGAUCGAU